ACAGUCUACUUGUGAAAGCGGGAGUUUGCCUUGACACGUGGAAGUCAUCCAUAAGUGUCUUCCGAAAGCUCCUUAUCCCAGUCGUUGAUUUCCGAUAUUUCUUACUCCAGCAGCACUUACCACUUCCUAAGCUCCUUCUCUUCAGCUUUUCCAUUCUCUUCAUUUGCCGUUUUUCCCCCUGUUGCAAAGAGCGAGGCUGGGAAUCCGAUAUUUUCCGUUACUUCCUGAUCAUGGGAAAAGGAAAGCAUAGUAAGAAGCCCACAACACGAUCUAGAAAUCAUGCAACUGCAGUCAAGAAGAGGAAGAGACCUGAAAAAAAUAAUGCUUUCAGGGCUAAUUCUGCUGAUUAUGUUCAUCUUCCUGUUCCCGUUCCCGUUCCAGUUCCGGUUCCACUUCCUGCUCGCCUUCCUGCCCCUGUUCCCACCCCUGUUCCUGCUCCCCUCCCUACCCCUGUUCCUGCUGCUUAUGGUAGCAUAAGUAACAAUGAAGCAAAUAUUGGUGAAAGGACUACUGGGUUCAUUUUCAUGUGCAGUGAAAUGACGAAGCCAGAAUGCUAUCGAUACCGAGUCUUUGGCCUACCUAGGGGAAAAAUGGAAGUUGUGGAGAAAAUCAAGGCGGGUACAAAGCUUUUCCUUUUUGAUUUUGACCUCAAGCUUCUCUAUGGUAUAUACAAGGCGAUAAGCAAUGGCGGGAAUAGUUUGGAACCAGCUGCUUUUGGAGGGGCAUUUCCUGCACAGGUAAGAUUCAGCAUUGCAAAGGAUUGCUUGCCUGUGCCUGAGAGUGUUUUCAGACACGCUAUCCAGGAGAAUUACCGGGGGAAGAAAUUUAUGCCAGAGCUCGACCCUCAACAGGUUGAGAAGCUAUCAUCAUUGUUUCAACUGAUUCCUACACAUCAGAUGGCACCUGUGCCUCCAGCAGUGGCCAAUCGACACCCAGCACCGCCACAACUGCUGCCUCCACAGGGGCCAUUCAUAACAGCACCACUACCAGCUGUGGAUGGACAUUCAGCACUGGCACGGCUGCUACCUCCACAGGAUCCAUAUAGAAUGGCAGCUCCACCAGUUGUGGACAAUCACCGCAUGGCACCAGCACGAUUUCCUCCACACGAGCCUUACCAACCAGCAGUUGCCCCAGCUGUAGAUGAUCGACGGCUUCCACCAACGCAGCAUGACCAUUUCAGAGCAACAAUAUAUGCCGCACGGCUCCCACCAGUCAUUCAGCUGCCUCGGAAUGCUUUGCCGGGCCUUCCUCCUAGUGACCAGUAUGGAACUGUUGUGCAUCACCCAGCACACCUCCCACCAGCUGCAGAGACCCGCAAUGCUCCCCCGGUUGCCGACCUAUAUUAUCCACCAGAUCCCCGUCAGGUGUACUUGCCUCAGAACCCAGCUGCACCACAGCACGAGCUGCAUGGCAGGUAUCAGUAUCAGGCCGCCCUCAGAGGGAGGGAACCUGAAACAAUUCCACGGUCGGAUUAUUACAGCACGGAGCGUUCAGCCCUGCCGGGGCCGGAUCCUACGGCUGACUACUACAGCAACCAGCAUCCACGGAUUGAUCAAACAGUUGAUUACUACCUCCGGAGCAUGGCCCCACAACAGUCGGAUCCUUCAGCUGAUUACUAUGGCACCCAGCGUGCGACUGUUGAAAAGCAGCCUCAAAUGGGGCAUAUGGGGCCAGGUUACCAGGACCCAAACCAGAUGUAUUCUGGUAAUUUGGUCAGGCCAGCUCCAGGCGCAGCCCAUGCGCCCAAUUCUUCAAUGUAUGCCCCAGCUCCAGCCUACCGCUGAAGGUAUAUGGUGUGCUCGUUUCCAACGAUUUCAUAUGCUUGCGUUCUAUCUUUGAUCUUCUUAGUUUGGUGGAAGCUGUUGUUUGUUUUGAAGUGCUGACCUUAUUUUAAGGGGGAUUGUCCACGGCCAA